AUGAGGUGCUCUUUCAGAUGGACCCAGCCCUCGGCCUCAGAUCUCUGGUCACUUAUACUUAUUCUUUUUUCUGUACGACAUGUUUAUGGGAGUGGAAAGGAAUACAUUGGUCCCUGCGGAGGAAGAGAUUGCUCCGUUUGCCAGUGCUUUCCUCAGAAAGGGUCUCGGGGUCAGCCAGGACCACCAGGGCCACAGGGUCCAAUUGGGCCCCUGGGACCCCCAGGACCCAUUGGGAUUCCAGGAGAGAAAGGAAUGAGAGGGGACAGUGGCCCUCCUGGAGCAGCAGGGGACAAAGGAGAUAAGGGUCCAACUGGUGUUCCUGGAUUUCCAGGUUUGGAUGGCAUACCUGGUCACCCAGGGCCUCCUGGACCCAGAGGCAAGCCUGGUAUGGAUGGCUACAAUGGCUCAAGAGGUGACCCAGGGUUUCCAGGAGGAAGAGGAGUUCCUGGCCCAGGAGGCCCCCCAGGCCUUCCUGGGGAAAAAGGAGAAAAAGGAAAUUCCGUGUUCAUUUUAGGUGCCAUUAAAGGUAUUCAGGGAGACAGAGGGAACCCAGGACCGCCUGGCUUACCAGGAUCCUGGGGUACAAGAGGACUGGCGGGCCCCACGGGGUAUCCCGGAGAGCCAGGGUUAGUGGGACCUCCAGGCCGUCCUGGGAGUCCAGGUUUGAAGGGUAAUCCUGGUGUAGGAGUAAAAGGGCAAAUGGGCGACCCGGGUGAAAUUGGUCAGCAAGGUUCUCCUGGACCCACCCUGUUGAUAGAGCCACCUGAUUUUUCUCUCUAUAAAGGAGAAAAGGGUAUAAAAGGAAGUCCUGGAGUGAUUGGAUUGCCAGGACCACCAGGAUCCAAGGGAGAACCUGGUAUUGGCGCAAAAGGAGAGAAAGGUAUUCCUGGGUUCCCAGGGCCUCGGGGUGACCCUGGUUCCUAUGGAUCUCCAGGUUUUCCAGGAUUAAAGGGAGAACCAGGACUGGUUGGGGAUCCUGGGCUAUUUGGAUUUCUUGGGCCAAAGGGGGACCCUGGAGACCGCGGGCACCCAGGACCACCCGGUGUUUUGGUAACUCCGCCUCUUCCACGCAAAGGCCCCCCAGGGGACCCAGGUUUCCCUGGCCCCUAUGGAGAAACGGGGGCUGUUGGACCACCCGGCCCCCCAGGUCCCUCGGGCAGACCAGGGGAAGCCUGUGCAGGCAUGAUAGGACCCCCUGGGCCACAAGGGAUUCCUGGUCAUCCAGGGAUUCCAGGGGCAGCUGGGAUUCCUGGGAGACCUGAUUAUGCUCCAGGAAAGCCAGGAGAGCCAGGACCACCUGGCCCGCCGGGGGCACCAGGGCUGGAGGGACUCCCAGGAUCAGAUGUGAUAUACUGCAGUGCUGGGCAACCGGGACCCCAAGGAAUGAAAGGCAAAGUGGGUCCUCCAGGACGAAGAGGCUCCAAAGGAGAAAAAGGAAAUGAAGGACCCUGUGCCUGCAAGCCUGGUCCCAUGGGCCACCCUGGCCCUCCAGGACUUCCCGGGAGGCCAGGGAGUAAAGGGGACUUGGGGCUCCCUGGCAGGCUUGGAGAAAAAGGUGACCCAGGCCCUCCUGGUGCUGAAGGCUCUCCAGGGCUAUCAGGAAAACCUGGUGCCUCAGGAUUACCUGGCAACAAAGGAGCAAAGGGUGACACAGUUGUACCAAGAGUUAAAGGGCACAAAGGAGAAAGAGGUCCUGAUGGGCCCCCAGGAUUUCCAGGGCAGCCGGGUCAACAUGGUCGGGAUGGACAUGCUGGAGAAAAGGGGGACCCAGGGCCCCCGGGGGAUCGUGAAGAAGCAGCUGCAGGCAGUAAAGGACCUCCUGGACCACCAGGCCUCCCGGGCAAAGCAGGACGUGUGGGGCCCCCAGGACUGGGAUUUCCUGGGCCACCAGGAGAAAGAGGUCAACCAGGAGCUCCAGGCCGCCCAGGUGUGAGGGGACCUGAUGGCUUGAAGGGUCAGAAAGGUGACAUAAUUUCUUGUAAUGUAACCUAUCCUGGGAGGCCAGGCCCGCCAGGUUUUGAUGGACCUCCAGGUCCAAAGGGAUUUCCAGGUCCCUGGGGUGCUCCUGGGCCGAGGGGUUCGGAUGGGCAAAAAGGGCGGCGUGGUAAACCAGGAACAUCAGAGAUACCGGGUCCACCUGGUUUUCGUGGUGACACGGGAGAUCCAGGUUUUGGAGGUGAAAGGGGGUCCUCCCCUAGGGGGCCUCCAGGCCCUCCCGGGUCACCUGGAGUGGAUGGCCAGAAAGGAAUCCCAGGAGACCCUGCAUUCGGUCACCCAGGACCCGCUGGAAAGAGGGGUCUUUCGGGAGUGCCGGGGACAAAAGGAUCCAAAGGCGAUCUAGGAUGGCCAGGGGCUGAAGGGGCAGCUGGUGUUCCUGGAUUCCCAGGUCUCAAAGGUCCCAGAGGCAGAGAGGGGAGUCCUGGGUUUCCAGGUAUCCCAGGUCCACCUGGCCAUUCCUGUGAAAUAGGCGCUCCAGGGAUACCAGGGCAACCAGGACGCCCUGGGGCUCGAGGUAGUCCAGGUGCCCCGGGUUGGAAAGGACAGCCAGGAGACAUGGGGCCCCCUGGACCAGCUGGAAUGAAGGGUCUCCCUGGACUCCCGGGACUGACAGGGGCAGGUGGACUCGCGGGACCCCCAGGAAUCCCAGGCCCCUUUGGGGAUGACGGACUCCCUGGUCUUCCGGGCCCGAAGGGACCCCGGGGGCUGCCUGGUUUCCCGGGUUUUCCAGGAGAGAGAGGAAAGCCUGGCAUGGAGGGACAAGCUGGCAGAAAGGGAGAACUCGGAGAGAAGGGCUAUCCUGGCCUCCCGGGAGAGCAGGGAGUGAGAGGUGCCAAAGGAUCGAGAGGACCUCCCGGAGAUGAAGGAGAGAUGGCUAUUAUUUCCAAAAAGGGGAAACCCGGGGAAACUGGACCUCCUGGAGAUGAUGGGCUCCCAGGAGAAAGAGGUGUUAGAGGAAGUCCCGGUAUGCAAGGAAGAAGAGGAGAGCCGGGAAGGUCUGGACCACCUGGAUUCCACAGGGGAGAACCUGGUAGACACGGGCAGCCAGGGCAUCCCGGGCCCCCAGGCCCCCCAGGCUCACCUGGGAUAAGAGGCAUCACUGGUUUUCCGGGAUUUCCAGGUGACCAGGGUGAGCCAGGUUCUCCAGGCCCCCCUGGAUUUUCGGGAAUUGAUGGAGCAAGAGGACCUAAAGGAAACAAAGGUGACCCUGCCAGUCAAUUUGGUCCACCUGGUCCAAAGGGUGAGCCAGGUGGCCCUGGAUGUCAAGGAGACUUUGGACUCCCCGGAGAGCAGGGCCUGCCCGGUGUCCAAGGGCCCAGAGGACCACCCGGAAGGCCAGGACUGCCUGGCUCCUCUGGACCACCAGGGUGUCCAGGUGAUCAGGGCAUGCCUGGGCUGAAGGGACAUCCAGGAGAAACGGGGGACCCUGGGCCAAGAGGCCUCCGGGGGGACCCAGGGAUACCUGGUCCUCCAGGAACAAGAGGUCCCUCUGGGUUGCCCGGCCUGGACGGCUUGCACGGUUUGAAGGGUCAGAAAGGAACCAAAGGUGCUUCAGGUUUGCAUGAUAUGGGCCCACCUGGUCCAGUGGGAAUACCUGGGCUAAAAGGAGAGACAGGAGACCCUGGGAGCCCAGGAAUCUCUCCUCCAGGCCCCUUUGGAGAGAAAGGUCUCCCAGGCCCGCCAGGGAGACCAGGACCACCUGGCCCUGCAGGUGCCACAGGAAGAGCCCCUAAGGAUGUCUUUCCUGAGUCGGGUCCACCUGGAGACCGGGGACCUCCUGGCCCUGAUGGCCCAAGAGGAGAACAUGGGCCCCCAGGCCCUCCUGGGAGCACUGACAUUCUGAAAGGGGAGCCAGGUGACUACGGUCUGCCGGGGCUACCAGGUCCCCCUGGCCCGCCAGGCCCUCCAGGGCGCAAAGGCUUUCCAGGACGUGUUGGAAAAGACGGCCAGAAAGGACCCAUGGGAUGCCCGGGGCCGCAGGGGCCACAUGGACUUCCUGGGCCACCUGGAGAGAAGGGUCUACCUGGACUUCCAGGCAGAAAAGGGCCCACUGGUCCUCCAGGUUCCAGAGGUGAACCUGGGCCACCUGCAGAUGUGGACGCCUGCCCCCGAAUCCCAGGGCUUCCUGGGGUGCCAGGCCCAAGAGGACCAGAAGGAGGCAUGGGGCUCCCCGGAAUGAGAGGCCCCCCCGGAUCAGGGUGCAAAGGACAGCCCGGGCUGGAUGGCAGGAGGGGCGAGGAUGGAGUCCCUGGGUCUCCUGGGCCUCCGGGACGCAAAGGUGACACAGGAGAAGCUGGCUGCCCUGGACCACCAGGCCCUCCUGGUCCCACUGGGGACCCUGGGCCCAAAGGAUUUGGCCCUGGAUAUGUCAGUGGCUUCCUCCUGGUUCUCCACAGUCAGACGGACCGGGAGCCCGCCUGCCCCCCAGGCAUGCCACGGCUCUGGACUGGGUACAGUCUGUUAUACCUGGAAGGACAAGAGAAAGCUCACAAUCAAGACCUUGGUCUGGCAGGGUCUUGCCUUCCCGUGUUUAGCACACUGCCCUUUGCCUACUGCAACAUCCACCAAGUGUGCCACUACGCCCAGAGAAACGACAGGUCCUACUGGCUGGCCAGCGCUGCACCGCUCCCCACGAGGCCACUCUCGGAGGAGGAGAUCCGCCCGUAUGUCAGCCGCUGUGCCGUGUGCGAGGCCCCGGCCCAGGCGGUGGCAGUGCACAGCCAGGACCAGUCCAUUCCCCCGUGUCCACAGACCUGGAGGAGCCUCUGGAUCGGGUACUCGUUCCUGAUGCACACAGGAGCUGGGGACCAAGGAGGAGGGCAGGCCCUCAUGUCACCUGGCAGCUGCCUGGAAGAUUUCAGAGCAGCACCGUUCCUUGAAUGUCAAGGCCGGCAGGGAACUUGCCACUUUUUUGCAAACGAGUAUAGCUUCUGGCUGACAACCGUGAGACCAGACCUGCAGUUUGCUUCUGCUCCAUCACCAGACACCUUAAAAGAAAGCCAGGCCCAGCGCCAGAGAACCAGCAGGUGCCAGGUCUGCGUGAAGUAUACCUAG